AUCGCUGUUACUCCCUCCCUCCCUCCUUCUCCUUCUCUCCUCCUUGUCUUUCCUGUCGCGUCGUCCAUCUUCCGCCUUCCUUCUUCUUGAUUCCCUCCCCCUUGCUACUUCUGCCUCCGAAGCACGGUCUCUUUCGAAUCGUUGGAUUUCGACUGGACAACAGAAUCACCACAUCAGAUGCUUGCAAUCGAUCAUGUGCCCGCAGUGAUGGUGAGGCACCAGCACUUCGCCUCUAGUGCAUCCAGCUCACUCUUCGACGAGGCUUUGGAGUACAUGGAACAGAGCAACCUCACAGGGUCUCACUCGCGCUUUCACAGCCCUCUGCCACGUUCUUGCUCCUCAUGCAGCGCAACAAGCGGGACAAGCUCCGACAGUUCGAAUGCUCAGGAGCAAGACCUUGUCUCUGCGCUUCUUGAACUCUCGGGAAAUAGCAAGGUGGCUAACCCCUCAGAUUCCUGCUCGGCGCAUGCUCUGGAAGACGUGAAACCGCAGUUCCUUCCUUGGAGCUUGGUCGCGUUGAUGCCCCCGGGAAGCAAGCACGUCUUUCCGUCAAACUUUACGUACCCCUUGAUGGAAAAUAGAACGCGCUCGCCGGAUUUCUCGGACGAUUCUAACAUGCACUUGUUUAGCUCGAUGUAUGCAGGAUCCAAAGCUCAUCCCAGCAAAUUAAAGAGGAAGCAUCAUUCGCAAGAAUCAGUAGCUGUCCUCCAGGAAUGGCUGUUCGCGAACAUGUCAAAGCCAUUUCCAACUAACUACGAGAAGAAGGAGUUGGCCAUGAAGAGUGGGUUGAGUCAAGCUCAAAUAGUUCAUUGGUUCAACAACGCAAGAAAGCGAAUCUGUAGAGUCCUAAACAAAGCAAACUAGACUAAAUUAAACACGAGCUUCGUGGU